CCGCUGACUGAUACGCGUAAAGUGGUUUGGCACGCGUCAAGCAACUCGAGCAACUUCAAAGCUUCGAAGCUGCGAAGCUGCAAACACCAUGGAUACUACGAGGUUUCUGGCAGAGAACGUACUCAAUGACCGGCGCACGGUCACAUAUCGCUCACUGAGCUGUGCGCUCAAGGUCCACGCGAACCGGGCCAAGCAGAUUCUGUUUGAAUUUCAUCGGGUUGAGAACGCGAAGAAGCCACAGAGUGUCCAUGCAACCUAUCUCAUCUCCGGCAUUCAACAACCCCCCGAGCCACCGGCGACCAACGGCCAUGCAAACGAUGAAGAUGAGGUGAUGCAGAGCAGCCCCUAUCUGCCUAGCUCUAUGCCCAAUCAAGACGCCGUUCCCGAACAAGUCCGCAUCGCCUCAAUCAUACUAGCUCGCGACGAGGAUUUGGAAGAUGCGAAGGCGACCUUUCAGUCGAUAUCGACGAUCCAUGUCUACAGCGUGCAACCUUCCAAACUUCAGGACCUCAAUACCUUGACCGAUGUGUGUAGGGAAAUGGCGGCCGCGCAUGCGCAAGACGACCCGUUAGAGUGUGGCCAGCAAUGGGGCAUGAUCCAGAACCGCAACGUCAAGCGGAGAACCGGAGCCCGCCUACCACCUGCACCUGCAGCUGCUCCGACACCCAAGGCGAAGGCUGAGUCUACGGUACCGACCAAACGACCUUUGCAGUCGACAGCAGCCCCGAUAAAGCCGGAAAGCAAGCCCGAAGAGUCUCAGCCUACCAGUGACUCUCAGUCUUCUGUCAAGUCUACAGGAAAGCCUGCAGCUCUCAAGCGGGAGAAAAGUAAUCUCUUCAGCUCGUUCGCAAAGACUAAGCCACCCAAGCCCAAGCCAGCAGAAUCGGCCACACAGAGUGCUGCGGAAGAUGGUCAGUUGUCCUUGAUCCAAAUCGUAGACAUUAGCUUACGGCCUACAGUGGUGCUAGAUGAUGCUUCCGAGGAAGAGCCAGAAGAGCUCUUCCCCAACAGUGGCGACAAAGCUCCACCCUCCAACCGCGAAAGCAAGAAAGAGCGAGAAGAGAAGCUCAAGAAGAUGAUGGAGGACGAUGAUGCUGACGAUGAGGAAAUGCUUGAUGCCGAAGAGGAGCCCCAGCGAGAGCCCACACCGGAGGAGCAACCGCCCCCACCUCCAUCCAAGCCCGCUGAGCUGAAGGAGGAGGUCACCGUUCAGGGUGGACGUCGGCGCGGAAAGCGGCAGGUGAUGAAGAAGCGGACGGUCAAGGACGAGGAGGGAUACUUGGUGACUCGAGAAGAAGCGACUUGGGAGUCAUUCUCUGAAGAUGAGCCCGCCCCGCCCAAGAAGAAACCCGCGGUGAAUGUCGCCAAGAGCAAGCCGGGCAAACCGGGAGGUCAGGGCAGCAUCAUGUCAUUCUUUGGGAAGAAGUAGUCUCCUAGUACAAUCUGUAAUACAGGGAUCUUCAGAUAUCCCCUCACACUGCAUUCAUCCAGAAAUUGAGGACCAGAAGUUGUAUUGUGUACUAGGCGCAAAGCUUGGUAGACCAGCAUCUUACAAGCGUGCUGCUGAUCAAAGGGCAGGACUCAGCCCUUGGGAGUAAAUGAUAU